ACAGAUAAAUAGCCCAGGGCUCCUGGCUUGAAGCUAGGGGUGAGGAAGCCCCAAGAGCUGUGGCCGCUUUCCUUGCCACACGUCCCCGCCCGACAGGACCGGGCGGGGCAGAGGACAAUCGGGUGUGCAUUCAAAUCCCCGGCACUUUGCCAUCGAACCUCCGGUGCUCUGGAGUGGCAGAAAGUUUGGGGCAAAUAUUGCCAGUCGAGUUGGGCAAGGCCAGGACCGCACCUCCCCACAUUAGGAUAUGGAGCUACUGUCGCCGCCUCUCCGAGACGUAGACUUAACAGGCCCCGACGGCUCUCUUUGCUCCUUUGCCACAGCAGACGACUUCUAUGACGACCCAUGUUUCGAUUCACCGGACCUGCGCUUUUUCGAGGACCUGGACCCGCGCCUCGCGCACGUGGGUGCACUCCUGAAGCCAGAGGAGCACUCACACUUCCCCGCCGUGGUGAACCCGGCCCCUGGCGCCCGCGAGGACGAGCAUGUGCGUGCACCCAGCGGGCACCACCAGGCGGGCCGAUGCCUACUGUGGGCCUGCAAGGCGUGCAAGCGCAAAACCACCAAUGCCGACCGCCGCAAGGCAGCCACCAUGCGCGAGCGCCGCCGCCUGAGCAAAGUUAAUGAGGCUUUCGAGACGCUCAAGCGCUGCACAUCCAGCAACCCGAACCAGCGACUGCCAAAGGUGGAGAUCCUGCGCAAUGCCAUCCGCUACAUCGAAGGUCUGCAGGCUCUGCUGCGUGACCAAGACACCACGCAGCCUGGCGCCGCCGCCUUCUACGCGCCUGGCCCGCUGCCCCCAGGCCGCGGCGGCGAGCUCUACAGCGGCGACUCAGAUGCGUCCAGCCCGCGUUCCAACUGCUCAGACGGCAUGAUGGACUACAGCGGCCCCGCAAGCGGCGCCCGGCGGCGGAACUGCUACGACGGCGCCUACUACAGCGAGGCUCCCAACGAGCCCAGAACCGGGAAGAGUGCAGCCGUGUCGAGCCUGGACUGCCUGUCCAGCAUUGUGGAGCGCAUCUCCACGGAGAGUCCCGCUGCACCCGCGCUGCUGCUAGCCGACGCGCCACCAGAGUCGCCUCCGCACCAGCAAGAGGCGGCCACCCCGAACGAGGGAGAACCCGGCGCCCCCACCCCGUCCCCGGACGCCACCCCACACUGCCCUACGGGCGCAAACCCCAACCCCAUCUACCAGGUGCUCUGAGAGGCGGGCUGCAACAUCGGAGGACACCGCUGCCUACCCUACCAAGGGAAUGGUGCCCCUAGGUCCCUCGAACCCAAAUGAUUGAGCUUAAACGCCAGUUCACCCAACCGCGCUUUAAAAGCGACACCUCCCGAGCUGAGAAAGCAGGAAAACUGGAAUGUGUUCCCGCCCCUAGUCCCCGGGGAAGGACACAGUACGUUAUUUCUACGCAGCACCCUUCCCUAUAACCCACUGCGAUGGCCACUUAGUGUUCCUCGGUGAGCCAGAGCUGAUUCUCGAGGGGCCAGGCCCUUCCUUUUCCUUGCUGCCUCCCUCAUGGGGGUGAGACCCUCGAAAACCUAAACCCUGCGCCCACCCCACCCCCACCAGGUUGUCUUUGGGGGGAGUGGCCCCUACUUUCCAGAGCCCUCGCGACAUCCACUCUUUUCCACCGCCUGCGGGGUGCGCUCCAGUCCCAAAUAUAACACUUGUAACCAUACCCCCACCCCACCCCCAUCCCGCGGUUCAGGACCACUUUUUGUAAUACUUUUGUAAUCUAUUCCUGUAAAUAAGAGUUGCUUUGCCAGAGCGGGAGCCCCUAGGGCUGUAUUUAUCUCUGAGGCAUGGUGUGUGGUGCAACAGGGACUUUGUAUGUUUAUACCGCAGGCGGGCGAGCCGCGGGCGCUAGCUCGCUCAGGUGCUGGAAAUAAAGAUGCUAAUUUAUACCGCGGUGGCGCUGGCUUUCCCUGGACUUGGGGAGGGAUCCAGAGGCAUCUCCUCAAAUUGAGCCAGCUGUCCCGCAGCGACCUCUGUAGGCAGCAGACAGAUUGCAAGGAGAAAGCCUGCCACCUUGGGAAGGAGGUGUGUAUUUGGUUCCUCUGAUCUUGACUCCAGCACCAUAUCAAAUUCAGUGGUUCUCAUGGGAGGAUGUGCAUUAGAUUAAUCUGAGUUUUAAAAAAUCCAUGUCCUGUCCCACCCCCUAGAGAUUCUGAUUUAAUGAAACUGCCCAGAUACCCCAGGCCAGUUAUUGGUAUUUUCCAAGAUUCUCCUAGUGAUUCUAAAGUGUGUAUAAGGUUGAGAAUGGUUAGAGAAUAGCAUCCUUCUGAUUGCUAUUCCAGAAAGAUGGCUGGGAGAUCAUGGCUGCAGGGACAACUCAAGAGUCUUCCUAGGUAUAGAGAAUGGGAUGGGAUGUACACAGCACAAGGAGGAAAAACUAAAAGGGUCUGGAGGAGACUUGCAAGCCUUAUGGUACUUACAGGCCCUUAAUGAUAGUGUAACUGCAGGGGGUAGCCUCAGCCAGGAGCCCAUGCUCAGAGCUUACCCUGUCUCUGCUAAUGAGACAGGAACCCAGAGCCCAUUCAACAAAUGCCAGGUCCUGUGCUGAGGAAAAAACAGAGACCACUGGAUGUAGUUCCUGCCCUUUGGAAGUACUCAGACAUUUUGGGAGAAGGGGGGGUUGGAUCUUUUCAGUAACUGGUUGCAUCAUAAUGAUUGAAGCACUAUAAUGUGGAUGUGUGGCAGAGAAACACCACAGGAGCAGUCUGGGAAGUACAGACAAGCAGAAAACCUCUGGUAAGAAUCUUAGAGGAACUGGUCAGGAAAGAGGGAGCAAGGAUGAAGAAACAGCAAAUGCAGGGGCCUGGAGGGGAGAGAGAGCAAGCUGUGCCUUCAUAGACCUGAAAAGGCUUGUGAGGAAGGGGCCUGAGGUGAGAUGGGGAAAAGGCAGAGGUGGGGCCACAGUGAACCUGAUUUGGGCUUUAUCCUGGAGGCAAUAGAGGAAAUAAAACAGGGGAAGGAUAUAGAUAGGUGGAUAGAUAGAUAGAUAGAGCGAGCUGUAUUUUAGAAAGGUCAGUUUGGGCUGGCAAAAUGGAUGGAGGGAAUAAGAUGACAUAAGACCUGUCAUGAGGCUGCUGAGGUUGUUCAGAGGAGACGAGACAUGUCCUGAACUGGGGCAGUGACUGGAGAUAGAAAGGAGGCAUAGGACCAGAGACAACUGUGGCAAAUAAUGUGUUGGGAGUGCAGGGCACUUUGAGGGCACAGUCCCUACCUCCUAUAGCCAUAGGGGAAAUAGCUAUUAGACACAGAAUAAAGUGAAUAGUGCAAAGUGCUGUAAAGAAAAGUAAAGGAUUCAAUGAGAGAUGAAAAUAGGAGACAAGAAAGUAAUCAGGAGAGAGGAGAACACAGUUUCUACACUGAAGGAACCAAUAACCCCUUUACUCCUGAGGAAAUUGCCCUGUAGCAGGUACAUGGCUUCACAAGCAGCAGACAGGCUAGACUCAGCCCCGACUCACUCCUCAGCCAGGUACACUUGUGCAGUGAACAACCUGAAGAACUCUUCACAGCGCCUUGUGUGUGGAGGCACACAAGAGAAAUGAGAAAGAAGGAGCCAUGGAUGUCCUCACGCUCUGGUUUGCUUCUGAGUGGGUGGUAUCAUUACAGAGAUGGGGACUUCAGGAGUAUGAGCAGAUGUGUGGAUACAUUUAAUCAGGACACUUCCAGUUGCAAGUGACAGAAACCUCAUUCAAAUUACUCCAUAAGGGGGUGCAUUGGGUGGCCAAGGGUAAUAAGAAGUAGAACUAUAAGCACAACAGUUUCUAGAGGCUGAGCCUGGAGCUUCUUUUGCUUUUCAUACAUUCCCCCUUUUGUCUUUACUUGGCUUUACCCUCUCUUAGUCCAUAUUGGUUUUCUCCAGCAAUUUGAAGUUUACUUCAGGUCUCACAAUUAGACUCCAGCUAGAAAAUUACCAGAGACGUUUAAUUGGAUCAUGAGGUAGAAUAUGAACCAACGUCGAGGGGUUCCCAAGACUGUGCUCUUAGCUACCUUGCUCUGUGGCCUCACAGAGGGAGUCAGAAUAGAGCAAGUAAGGGGAAGGGUGAUCAUGCCAUGAGAAUGGAAUCAGGUCCCCUACUGAUCGUCCCUUACCUCAAGUUCCCUUGGGAAGCAUCUAGCUGAGCCCAACUCCAUUUGCAGCAGAGCUGAAAUGUGCCUUGCUCCUGGGGCCAUUUUUUUCUGUUUUGGAAAUGCUGGGGUUUGAACUCAGGACCUCACACUUGUUAGGCAGGCACUCUACCACUU